AUGGCCGAAGUAGCUGGGGUUGCGCUCGCUAUUGCACCUAUCGUGUUCAAGGCAGUUGCAGAGGGAAUGAAGAUACUAGACGAAACGGUCCGCUUCGACGAAGACACGGAAGAUCUAGUAAUUCGGAUCGAGACAGCAAAGGCUCAUCUGAACAUAUGGGCUACAAGCGUUGGGCUCGCCGAGGGCGAGCUUGUGCCAGCUUUGCACCCGUUGAACGAGCUCAUUGUGAGAACGUUACAGCGCAUCGAGGCACUCGUUACCGGUCUCCAGCAACAGGAGAAUAAGUAUGGUCUGGAAUGCAGGGACGCUGCUAACUCAGAACCUAAAAAAGCGACCGCUAUGGCGGUGCAGAUGAGGCGAAGUUUACACCGUGUAUUGAGGAGCUCAAACCCAGAGAGGAACUUGGUAGCGUUGAUCCAAGCCGAGCAAUCAGAAGAGCAUUCCACCAGCCAGAAACAGAACAGUGUUGCAAGACGUCUGCGUUGGGCUAUCCGCGACAAAGAGAAAUUCGAGCACUUUGUCGACACACUAGAAAAACACGUGAAUGGGCUGCAAAAGCUUAUCUUCGAGAACCAGCGGAAAGAAGUACAGCAGGAAGGAACGCGCUUUAAUUUCCAGAUCGUCCAAGAGACAUCCGACAUGGAGCGGCUCUCACUGCUGCAGAAUGCUUCACCGUAUGAGGAGAGCUUCUCAGAGGUAGACGUCGCGUAUCUAGCACAAUGCAAGGUCAUAUCACUGCAAAACGCACCAUCCUUACCAAGAAGUCAAUCUCAAACGGGUGAUUGGAGUCUCCGUGAUAUGACUCCUGGAGACCUGGCUAAAACGCGUUUCCUCAAGCCUGGUCAUGACAAUCCUGAGGUUGCAUACCUUUAUGAGAAGAAGGACUAUGAUCCAAAUAUCUCAGAAGAGGACAAAGAUCUUCUGCAAGAGCGAAUUCGCAAACUAGUCUCGCUUUUGGGCAAAACUGGUAACCAACGCCAUCUUCAAACUCUGCAAGCAGUUGGAUACACAGAUGAUCCAGAUCGCCACUGCUGGUGGAUCGUCUUCCGUUUCCCACUAAGUCCGCUCGAUACUCCAGAAAUGAUCGCAAGCGAGCCCCUGUCUUUGCGAAAGCUCUUCCAUUCCUCCUUCAAGCCUGCGCUCGAGACACGAUACAAGCUAGCCAAGCGUAUAGUAUAUACCUUUGCUAGGCUCUAUGGCAGCGACUGGAUGCACAAGAGCAUUAACAGUAACAACAUCAUAUUUCCGCAAGCCUACUCCACGAAGGCUCUAGUUGGGUUCCGACAGAUCGAAACCGCCUUGGUUCAAGGCUUCGGCUACUCGCGUCAGCACACUGAGGCCCAGACGAUUGACCGCGGAAAAGUUCUCCAUGACCUAGAAGCAGCCAUAUAUCGGCAUCCAUUGUAUCAGGGUGAAGCAGCCUCUGGAUAUCAGGUCCAUUACGACAUCUACUCCUUGGGUUUGGUGCUGUUUGAGAUUGCGAUCUGGUCUCCUCUGAUGGCCUUGCUGGCUGCAAGAUACAAGCCCGAAAAGGCACCACUGAUUGCUUUGUCGCCAGACAUGCGACAAUUCUAUGAGUUGGAGGCGAAGGAACUUCACAGAAGGGUCAACUUACGUAUUGAUGAAGAGGUCGCGUAUCGCAUGGGCACGAAAUACAAGAACGCGGUUCAUUGGUGCUUAAACUUGAGAGGGCCGGUAACUGCGAUCGAGUUCUACAACACAGUCGCUAUUCCAUUAGACGAACUCUGCAGCUUGGGUUAG